AUGGAUACCAUCACCACCACAACAAAGAUGGACUACAUCCUUAACACCCACGUAGGCGACCUCCCCUGGGAGACCUUCGUCAGCCUCCUAAUCACCAAUGGCACCCUCAUCAAUCUCGGCAUUGCUGCCAAGUCCUCCAUGGAGAUCCCUUACAUGCCCGUCCUCUUCAACCAACUCAAGAUCGUCGGUUCAUUGGUCGCAUCGCGCCAUGUCGUCAACAAAAUGUUUGAGUUCGCCGCCCGCCACAAUAUCAAACCCGAGAUCGAGGAGUACGACAUGACCACCAAGGGAUGCCGUGAGGGUUUCAAGCGUAUCACCGAACAGCAGGCCCGCUACCGCGUCGUCCUCAACGUCCCCAGAAACUUGGCCUUGUAA